AUGAAGAUAUUUCUUGCGAUUCUUACCUUGGUUGCCGGUCAUGUUGCUGCCCAAAAGGCCAAAAUAAACGAGCCUCUCUGGUGGAACCCGAAAAUGUUGGAAAAACUUGACAAUGACUGGAUUAAAAACAAUCACAUAAUUGGUGUAGCUGUCCCGCUUGAGAACAAGACUGUUGCUGUCGAAGAGAAAAUGGUUCUUCACUGUGAGAUUGGUGGUACCCCAACUCCAAUUAUACAGUGGACUUACAACGGCCGCCUACUUCAAGCUGAUGGCUAUAUUAAUAUGGAGGAGAAACUUUUGAAUCGUGGACUUGAACCUACUGAGACCGGAGUCUUGGCUUCUUCUCUUCAUGUCGGAUGCCCGAAAUCCGGAGUUUUCAAGUGUGUUGGAUACAACGGUUACGAUGUUAUUGAGAGCACUGCCGAAAUCACUGUUGAAGGUCAACUCAAGCCUUGUCAUAUCAACACCGAUAUCAUCGAUUCCGCUCCGAUCAUCACUACCUGGACCGAGUCUCGUGCUGAGAACUUCGGUAACACCGCCACCCUGAUUUGCCGUUCCGACCGUCCCAGCGUCUGGACUUGGACCUUCGAAGACCGAGAGAUCACCAACCAAGAGGGACGCUAUCAGAUCAAGAAACGAGGAGACCUGUUCAUUCAUAACAUUACUUUUACUGAUUUGGGAGCUUACUACUGUACCGCUAGCAAUGAGUUCGGCAAUUCUACCGCUGAAACUUAUCUUCAUAUUACCAGAAGUCACUCUUAG